GAAGUGGGGAGAGCGAGCUGCCUAGGGAGCCACGACCCGGGACGUCUGUAGGUUCCUUCUGCGGUUGUGAGGGUAGUGUUUGCGGUGGGGCGUUGUAGCGUGAGGCCGUUGCCAGUUUUGCAGUGGCCGGUGUCUCUCGCUCCCCGCAGUCUGGCGGAGAGGAGCCAGUGGUUGAUGCACAGCCGAGCGCGCUAUGGAUGCCACAGUCUUGCACUGCUGAUCUUGUAGCUUGAGGUGUGCUCAAUUAGGGACAUUGUUUUAAUCUUCGUCCUUUAUGAAGGUGACCGAUUUUUCCCCUCUCCCUUUGCUAGUGUAUGCACAAUUAGUUGCUAUUAUGUAGAAAGUAAAUCUGCUGGGCCAAAGCAGGAGAUUAAUUUCGGUUUUGCGGAGGCCCAGAUUUUUUCCCCCUAAAUUCUUGAGACCUUUUUUUUUGUAUCCCGGAACUUGGACUAAAGGGACUUAAAUUGUAGGUAGGAAUUCCCAGGAAAGCACAUCUAAUUAAGUGAUAGCAUUUUGGAGGACCACAAUGUUUCCCAGCUGGAGGAUUUUUGCAGUGAAUCAACAGAAAAUAUUUGGUGGGCACAUUAAUACCAUGUGUUACUGUAAAAUAAAAGCAAGUUUAAAAAGAUCAAAGACUCGUGUACCUCUUACAAGAAACUACAGUUCCCCACCAGGCAUAGUAGGAAAUGAUGUCAAAUCCCUUCAUUCCAUCAUUAACCCUCCUGUCGCUAAAAUUCGUAAUAUUGGAAUUAUGGCUCAUAUUGAUGCAGGCAAAACUACCACCACAGAAAGAAUUUUGUACUAUUCUGGAUAUACAAGAUCACUGGGAGAGGUGGACGAUGGCGACACAGUGACAGACUUCAUGGCUCAGGAGCGAGAACGGGGCAUUACCAUCCAGUCAGCAGCUGUGACUUUGGACUGGAGAGGGUACAGAGUCAAUCUGAUUGACACGCCAGGUCACGUGGACUUCACCGUGGAGGUUGAGCGCUGCUUGAGGGUGUUGGAUGGCGCAGUGGCCGUGCUUGACGCCUCAGCCGGUGUAGAGGCCCAGACUCUGACUGUAUGGAGGCAAGCUGACAAACACAGGAUACCCCGGAUUUGUUUUCUAAACAAGAUGGACAAGACUGGAGCAAGUUUUAACUAUGCAGUUGAAAGCAUCAGAGAGAAGUUGAAGGCUACACCCCUGAUUGUACAGCUGCCAAUUGGGGAGGGCAAAGCAUUCCGAGGAGUGGUGGAUGUGAUCAACAAGGAGAAGCUUGUCUGGAGCUCUAACUCUGACGAUGGAAAAGACUUUGAGAGAAAGCCCCUCUCAGAGGCGAGUGACCCAGGGUUGCUGAAGGAGACUGUUGAAGCAAGGAGCUCCUUGAUUGAACAAGUUGCAGAUUUAGACGAUGAAUUUGCUGGCUUGCUUUUGGGAGAAUUUAGUGAAAAUUUUGAUUUGGUACCUGUUGAAAAGCUGCAGACUGCAAUACACAGAGUCACGCUGGCUCAGGCUGCAGUGCCUGUGUUGUGUGGGAGUGCCUUGAAAAACAAGGGCGUUCAGCCCUUGCUGGAUGCUGUGACUGUGUACCUGCCGUCACCCGAAGAGCGCCAGCACGGGCUUCUGCAGUGGUAUAAGGAUGACUUGUGUGCACUGGCGUUUAAAGUUCUGCAUGACAAGCAGCGAGGACCCCUGGUUUUCCUGCGCAUUUACUCAGGCACACUGACACCCCAGUCGGCCAUCCAUAACGUUAAUAGAAAUUGCACGGAGAGAAUGAGUCGUCUGCUUUUGCCAUUUGCUGACCAAUAUGUAGAAAUCCCUUCCUUGACUGCUGGUAACAUUGCUUUGACAGUUGGGCUUAAACAAACUGCUACUGGAGACACCAUGGUCUCUUCCAAGUCCAGCGCCCUAGCUGCAGCUCGUAGAGCGGGAAGAGGGGGAAAGAAGCAUGGACAAAACAGUGAAGCAGAGAGCCUGCUGUUAGCUGGGGUGGAGAUUCCAGAACCUGUGUUCUUCUGCACCAUAGAACCUCCAUCGGUGGCUAAGCAGCCAGAUUUGGAUCAUGCCUUGGAGCGCCUUCAGCGUGAAGAUCCCAGUUUGAAAGUGAGGCUUGAUCCUGACUCUGGACAAACCAUCCUGUGUGGCAUGGGGGAAUUGCACAUUGAGAUUAUUCAUGACCGGAUCAAGAGGGAAUAUGGCCUAGAGACCUACCUGGGGCCUCUGCAGGUGGCAUACCGGGAAACCAUCUUAAACUCAGCUCGGGCCACAGAUACCCUAGACAGGACAGUAGGAGACAAGCGGCAUUUCGUGAAAGCAGAACUAGAGGUCCUGCCAGCGGAAGCACCAUGUGGCGUGGCUGGGAUUGAGUAUGCUGACUGUGUCGGUGCAGACCUGCUGCAGGCUUCCCGCGAGGCCAUUGAAAACGCAGUCCACAGCGCAUGCCUCCAGGGACCUUUACUUGGAUCCCCAGUUCAAGAUGUGGCAGUAACACUCCACUCCUUGGUGGUUCACCCCGGCACAUCGACAACCAUGGUCUACGCCUGCAUCUCAAGAUGUGUACAGAAGGCCCUGAAGAAAGCCGACAAGCAGGUAUUGGAGCCUCUGAUGAGCCUUGAGAUUACAGUGACUAGCGAGUACCUCAGCCCUGUCCUUGCAGAUUUGGCACAAAGAAGAGGGAAUGUUCAGGAAAUUCAGACUCGCCAAGACAACAAAGUUGUUAUAGGGUUUGUUCCUCUGGCAGAAACUAUGGGAUAUUCAACUGUGCUUCGAACACUGACAUCAGGCUCUGCUACUUUUGCCUUAGAACUGUCUACUUAUCAAGCCAUGAGUCCUCAAGACCAAAGUACUCUGCUCAACCAGAGGAGUGGUUUGUCCCAAGUGCUUUAGGUCCUCAGCAGAGGGGAAAUGCUGGGUCACUGCUUUAUUCUCAGUAAGAAUGCUGUUUUACUCACUGGCUGGUGCACCACUGCUUCAGCCCAUACAUGGAAAGAACUUGACAAGAUGUAACACAGUGGCAUGGAGCUGCCACUCUCACUGUGCGGGCUGUGCUCCGCUGUAAAUGCAGCGAAGCUGUGCUCCCGUGCUUACUCCUCUGUCGCUGUGAUGAGAUAACCUGAUCAAGGCAACUCAUAAAGGCUGUGUUUAGCUUGAGAUUCUGACAGAAUCCAUAAUUGCAGAGACAACAGGGCAGCAGGAAGCCGAGAAAGCACAAACCAGAAUGCAAACUCCAAGUAGGACCAGGCAGUGACUCUUGGCGUCUACCUAAGCAAGUCUGCACUGCCUGACCCUCCCCAAAUUGUACCAGCCACUGGGAAGGAGACGUCCAAAUGCCUGGGCCUAGGCGAAACAGUUCUCAUUUAAAAACGUCUUUUUACAUUUUUUACCUACAUAUGUAUCUGUGUGUCAUGUGUGCCUGGGGCCUGUGGGGGUCAGAAGUGGACGUUAGUCUCCCUGGAACUGUGCGGUUAUGAACCACCAUGUAGAUUCAGGAACUGAACUCGGCUCCUCUGCAACAGUAGCAAGUGUUCUUAAAUGCUGAGCCAUCUUUCUAGCUCAGCAUUUUCUCACUUAACCCACUGCAAUGAGGAAUACAGAGUGGUAUCACAAAGCUUUUCCUUUUAUUUUUUUAAGCUGUUCACAUAGAAGAUGCCAGUAAUCAUGUGUGAUACACAUAGAGAUUCAAUCAAUAAAAAGAUGGUUUGUUUAAAAAA